GAUUAUUGUUGAGCUCUUGUUCUCCCUUUCCCCGAGAAACUGAACCAGAUGAGAAGUGAGGAAUAUUUGCCAUGUUCAAGAGCCGAAAGAAUUCAAUAAGACAGUUUGAGAAAGCUCAAACGCCGAAAGCCGAAACAAGAGCUCUUCGGUCUUAAUACGCAAUGUAUUAUUAACACUCUAUCGCCGAGAUCAACACGGAGAGGGGGAAUAAUAGCCCGUCUCAGCACAUCAGCAUCCCAUAGUCAACUUGUCCUUCUCAAGAAGUGAUUUUCGUGGGAAUAUCGUGAAUCUUAUUUCACCAGCCAUGGCGGACUUCGUAAAUACGGGAUACGCAAUACGCGCCCUGCUUCUCCUAGAGUCAAGCUGUUCAAUAAGCAAGCCACGGCGGCCGAUCGCUCCUCUCGAGACCCUAGCUUGUCAGCUUUGAUUGGGUAUUAAUAAACAUUUCGCAUCUUUACAGGGUGGCAAGUCAUGUUUUUGGUCAGCGAUGACAACAUGAGGUGAUUUCCACGGUACGAGAUAGUCGAGAUUCUAGCUUUGUGGUGGUGAGGAAUGGAAGAGUUUUGUUGGAGAGCAUGGUGUUUAGAGUGUAUAUAAAGACUAGGAGGACCAGAGUCUUGGCAUAGUUUUGAAAUACCAAGUUAUCUUUACUACGAGUUCUGAACUAGAGCUCAAAAGGUCACUACGAAUCAUAAUUGCGUAUCUACCUCAAUACUGUUACCAACAGUCAGAAUUAUGAGUAACAUGGAUCGCGACAUUGAAAAGACUUCAACGAAUUCAGGGACACUCGGCCCUGAGAGGAACGACACGACUUUUGCGACCAUUCAAUCACCACAAGCAAUUAGAACUCGCUCACGAGCAUCUGCCAGUGUAUCCCGCUGUCAGUCUCAGAAUGGUUACAGCUGUAACCCCCACAACGAGCCUUCGGAUGAUGAAGUUGAGAAGGAUCCUUUCGAAGUCGGUUGGGAUGGAGGUGACAACGACAGUCUAUGCCCCCGGAGCUUUCACAAGAUGAAGAAGUGGCUCAUUAUAAUCAUUGUAUCGUCUGGAAGUCUCUGCGUGACUGCUGCUAGUUCCAUCUAUACAUCCACGUAUGAACAGAUGGAGGAUGAAUUUGGCAACUCACGAGAAGUCUCCAUCCUUGGUCUUUCGUUCUUUGUUUUAGGUAUCGGACUAGGCCCCAUGUUCCUCGGUCCCUUGAGCGAGUUCUAUGGUCGACGGCUUAUCUAUGUUGUAUCGUGGACUCUUUAUGUCAUCUUCAUCAUUCCUCAAGCCGUGGCUCAGAAUAUCGAGACCGUGAUUGUGAGUCGAUUUCUCGAUGGGUUCGCCGGUAGCGCAUUUCUGGCUGUGUCAGGGGGCACUGUUGGAGAUCUCUUCACGGCAAAUGAGCUGCAAGCGCCUAUGUUGAUGUUUUCCCUCGCACCCUUUGUAGGUCCGUCGAUUGGACCUUUAAUUGGGGGUUUCAUCAACUAUAACACUGACUGGAGGUGGACUCAUUGGACUCUACUGAUCUGGGCAUUUGUUCUACUAUUGGGCAUUGUGUUUCUUGUCCCUGAGACGUAUCAUCCGAUCCUGCUCAAGAACAAAGCAAAACAGAUGCGAAAGGAAACUGGAGAUGGAAGAUGGAAAGCCCCUACAGAAAAGGUUCAGAAAUCAGCCACCAGCGCGAUAGGUCGAUCGCUUCUACGACCAUUUCAGCUAUUAAUCUUCGAGCCUAUGUGCCUGAACCUAUGCAUCUUCACAGCCAUCGUCCUCGGCAUUCUAUAUCUCUUCUUUGGGGCUUUUCACCUUGUAUUCGGCAAUAUUUACGGCUUCAAACUUUGGCAGAAUGGCUGCUCUUUUCUCGGCAUCCUCGUGGGAAUGCUGCUCGCCGCUGGCCUUGAUCCCCUGUGGCACAAUAUUCGGAACAAACUCAUCCGCAAGUUGAGCGAGGAGACCGGCGUUGAAGGAAACAGCCAGCCUGAGUUUAGAUUACCUCCAGCCAUUUUGGGAGGUAUACUUGUUCCAGUUGGUAUAUUCAUGUUUGCUUGGUCGUGUUAUCCCCGGGUUCACUGGAUUGUGCCCAUAAUUGGAUCGGCAAUCUUUGGAGCUGGGUAAGUUAAUCACGAUCCAUCCCAUAUCAAACCAAACCAUUCGCAGGCCUCAAGGAGGCGUCCUUAAGGGGAGCACUGUGAUACCCAAGUCCAACUUUACACAGGACUGAGACAAGAACCGGACGCGCGGAAUCACAUUCGCACAAGAAGAGCAAAACAUGUCUUGGUCACCGCUUGGUCAUGCCUCUUGAUCUCGUAUCCCCUGAACCUCUGCUUGACAAACUGCAGCUAACCGCUCAACUCUGAUAUAGGAUCCUUCUUGUGUUCAGUGGAGUCUUCACCUUUCUAGUAAGUCCAGCUUUGUGCCUGUACCACAAGUCUGUGACAGGCUCACCGCACGUUACACAGUUCUCUGCUAGCUAUUGUGACAGGAGUGCGCUCGUGCCAGGGAAGAGACUGUGCUGACUUUGAUGGAAAUAGGUGGAUGCGUAUCCACAGUAUGCCGCAAGUGCCCUUGCUGCUAAUGCAUUCGUGCGUUGUGUCUUUGCUGGUAAGUCGUUGGGAGUAUCUACUCCCAUGGACUCGUCUGAUUCUUCACCGCCGGCUGGCUAUCAACUUCCCCUGACAUAGCCUAUUCUGGAGAGCAUGAGGCACCAGCCCGGAAAGUUGUUGAGAUUCAGCUGCAUGCAUUUACAUGAAUGAUUGCUAACUCGAGUCUUGCAGCUGCAUUCCCCCUGUUUGGUAACCAGAUGUAUACCAAGCUCAACAACCACUGGGCUUCGUCUUUGCUAGCUUUUCUGACAGUUGCCAUGAUGCCUUUCCCUUAUCUGUUCUUCCGGUAUGGGAAGAGAAUCAGGGCCAACAGCCGAUUUGCUACUUCUUAGAGAAUGUUCAUCGAGGUUAGACUUGGGGGUAUGAGAAGAGUAUGUGAUCAGGGCUGCAAGUCCUGACUUCAUCCGUGUACCCGCGCCACCAGACCAGGUACCAAAGCCUCUGCACUGCAGCUAUGAGAUGGACAUCUCAAACUAAUACACCGAGAGUCCUACUAGGUCAAGAGUGGCUUUUGCGGGAAAAUGAGUGGAUUGAUCGCCGGUUGUACAAAAAGGCUGGUCUAGCUCAUAUACACAGGGCUUGGAAUAUUGGCGCUUCUGUAAUUUGUGUUCGAAGAUACCUAAAAGUGUAAUAAGUUAGCUCUAUUGCUUGAAAAGAGGGGAUACCAAGAAUAUCGAUGAGGUUGCAUGAUCUGAUUGUGAAUGCUUGUUAAGAUCGCCCUCGG